CCUCAACACUUUGAGAAGAUCUCCCCAUGGACAAGGAUUGCUGGGAUUUACCGCGGUCCCAACGUUCACCACAGGCCAGAUAGAUCUCGUACGUGUGCGUGUAUAAGGCCAGGGUUUUUUGAGACUUUUCGUCUGGAUCUACCUAAGUACACAACACAUUCUUCAGGAAGAUACAGAGAAGAAAAGAAAAAAGAAAGAUGGCGACCAGACAGAGGAAACCACAGCCGGAGCCAAAUCCAUCGGCGGGAAAGAAGGCUGUUGAUGCGAUCCAUAGAGUCGAAAAGAAAUUCGAGCGUGCCCUCACCUGCAUGUGGGAUGAUUUACAGCAAUGGCAACGUGAUAACCAUUUCAUUCUCUCCGGAUAUCGACCAGCUACAGAAUCCUUCAUGAAAUGUUUCAGAUCUCUAUUCUAUUUCCACAACGAAUCCAUAAAUAUCUACACCCACCUCCUCGGUGCCGCUCUCUUCCUCGCUCUCCUCCCGCAGAUCCCGCAGCUCCUGCACCGCUAUCCAACCGCCACAUCAUCCGACAUCACCGCAUCCAGCGUCUUCCUGCUAUCAGCCGUCACCUGCCUGGGGCUGUCUGCAACCUACCACACCAUCUCCAACCACUCUCACCGCAUCGCCAAGUUCGGGAACCAACUCGACUACCUCGGCAUAAUAAUCCUCAUAGUGGGCAGCUACCUCCCAACGGUGCACUACGGCUUCCACCAAUGCCACCCGUCCCUCGGGCGUGGCUACUCGAUUAUGAUGCUGCUCCUGGGCGCGGCGUGCACGGCUGUGACACUGAUGUCGCGCUUCCGCACGCCCGCCUACCGCCCCUUCCGCGCGGGGAUGUUCGUGCUCCUCGGCGUCUCCGGCGUGAUCCCCGUGGUGCACGGAAUGCAGCUGUAUGGUGGUUUCAUGGCACUGGAUGCGAGGAUCGGCUUGCGCUGGGUGCUCACCGAGGGCGCCAUGUAUAUCCUCGGCGCCGGGAUCUAUGCGGCCAGGGUGCCCGAGAGGUGGGCGCCGGGACGGUUUGAUCUCGUGGGCGCGAGCCAUCAGGUUUUUCACUGUUUUGUGGUCGCGGCUGCGGUGGCGCAUCUGAAGGGGCUGGUGGUGGCCUUUGAUUUCUUGCAUGGGAUGGACGUAGGGAAGUGUUAG